UUGACACUAAAAUCUCUAUGUCUCUCUAGUCUCUAUUGUGAAUUAAGAGUAUGGGUAUCUCCAAAGCCGUGGUUGCUUCACUACUUGUUUCUCUUUUUCUCAUCCAAUUUGCCCAAGCCUUUCAUUCCAAUCAACUUAGUGAAGCUAAAGCUAUUCUUGACAAACAGGUUCCAACCAAGAUCGAUUGUGGAGAGGCAUGCGUAGCAAGGUGCAAGCUAUCAAAGAGGCCUAACCUAUGUCACAGGGCUUGCGGAACGUGUUGUAGCCGAUGCAACUGUGUGCCUCCAGGCACUUCUGGCAACUAUGAAUCGUGUGCUUGCUAUGCUGAAAUGACCACCCGAGGAAACAAAAAGAAGUGCCCUUAGAAAUUCUUUCCAAAGGAAUGGUCUAUCACAACGAUCGAUUCUAAAUCAUCUCCCCUCUACAUAAAGUCUUAGUUCUUAGUAUUCUUUGUUUACAUUGUUUUCUAUCCUUUUCUUUGUGUAAAAAAAUCAAAUUUUAUGUAUUUCAAUGCAGUACAUGAAUAAAAGUUGGUUAUGGACU